AAUCACUCUUUGUAAACAUAAACAAAAAGUAAUUUGUAAAUAUGACAUAAAUGUUUUUUAUUAAUUAGUAAAUUGUUCAAUGGAUGAGACACUUUCAGUAUGCAAAUUUUUAUAACAUCUCUUUGUGGUUUCAAAUCACUGAUCAAACAUUGUCAGAAAUAUGUUUUCAUUCGCUACCAAUAAUAAACAAAGCUUAACAUUAAACUCUCAAAUUGGUUAUGUAUUGAAUCGGAGAAUCUCCCCUUCAGGUGCUCAUCUGGGAAAAGUUUUUACUGAAGAAAUACCACGUCAGGUAAAUAGCUGCUUUUGUCAGUUUAAAAGGUGUUUCUCUUUUGACAGCAUAAAAUUUGCAAAGGAUUUGCUGCUGAGAUGUAGCUUUAGCCCGGAAAAUAUACAAUGUAAAACCCAAAAUGAAAUUGCAGCAUUUUCAUUUAAAUUUUCAAAAUCCAUUUUAAUAAAAAAUAGUGAUCUAUUUUUAAAUAAAUGGAGUAUUGAAUCACUGAAUACAGAAAACAGUAUUCGGUUCUUACGUUCUCAACCAAAGUCUUGUCAUUUAUUCAAUCAAAUUCGUUCAUUUAAGACUGGAAGACAUGAUGAGGUGGAAAAACAAAAAGUGUCUCGACUGUACAAUCGAAUGAGGACCUUUAUAGGAACACCUGCAACAAAUCCAAAUGCUCAUUCUCAUGUAAGAAAAGACUUAGAAUCCUUCCAUAAUAAAGUUUCUGGAGAAAAUUUAACUCCAGAACAGAGUCAAAGAAUAUUGUUGGCUUUUGUUGAGGGGUAUAUUGUGGCGAAGGACAGUAUGAUAGGUCAGAAAUCAUCAUGGAGAAUUCACCACUUCUUUAUUGCGGGGGUAGUAGCUGGAAUAUUAUAUACUUUCUUCAAGAAAACUGAUAUUUCUACGAUGUUCAAAACUUCAAAUUUGUCCAUAGAAAUAUCAGAGUCAAAUGUUAAGUUUAAUGAUGUUAAAGGAGCUGAAGAAGCAAAACAGGAGUUAAAAAAUGUUGUUGAGUUCUUGAAAAAUCCCGAAAAGUUUUCUGCAUUAGGAGGAAAACUCCCAAAAGGAGUCCUUCUCGUCGGACCCCCUGGUACUGGAAAAACUUUACUUGCAAAAGCUGUAGCAGGUGAAGCCGGAGUUCCGUUUUUCAGCACUUCUGGCCCAGAAUUUGAUGAAGUAUAUGUAGGUGUCGGAGCAAGGAGGAUUCGAGAAUUGUUCAAGCUUGCUAAAGAAAACAUUCCUUGCGUCAUAUUCAUUGAUGAAAUCGAUUCCAUCGGUAAAGAAAGGACAUCAAGUUCACUUCACCCUCAUGCCAAUGACACCAUAAACCAACUUCUUUCUGAAAUGGAUGGGUUCAGAAAUAGUGGUGGUAUCGUAGUUUUAGGGGCCACAAACAGACGAGAAGACUUGGACAGGGCUUUGCUCAGACCGGGAAGAUUUGACGUAGAGGUGACAGUUUUGGUGCCGGAUUUUACAGGUAGAAAAGAGCUAAUAGAGUUUUAUCUCGGCCAAGUACGGCAUCAGAACGUAGAUACUGAAAAGUUGGCGAGAGGAACAACAAAUUUUACUGGUGCAGAUAUCGAGAAUAUGGUGAAUCAAGCUGCAUUAAGGGCUGCAGUUAUCGGAGCACAAUACGUAACAACAGAGCACUUGGAGUACGCAAGAGACAAAGCUCUUAUGGGACCAGAGAACAUAUCUAGGGUAACCGAUGCAGAAACAAAUAGGAUCACUGCCUAUCACGAGGGUGGCCAUACUGUUGUUGCAUACUUCACGGAGAAUUCACAACCACUGCAUAAAGUGACCAUUAUUGCCCGCGGUUCAUCACUCGGACACACCGCUUACAUCCCUGAUAAAGAUAUAUAUCACAUCACUAAGACACAAGUGCUCGCCAUGCUCGACGCUAUGAUGGGUGGUCGGGCAGCUGAAGAAUUGGUUUUUGGUUCAGAAAAAGUUACUUCUGGAGCAUCAAGUGAUUUGGAAAAAGCCACAGAACUUGCAUCAAAAAUGGUGAAACGGUGGGGUAUGUCUGAAGUUGUGGGAUUAUCCACUUAUAAUACUCAUAACUUAAUCAGUCCACAAACGGCGAAUCUAAUUGACAUGGAGGUAAAAAAGAUUUUGCAAGAGUCUUAUGAAAGAGCUAAAACAAUAUUAAUUACUCACAGAGACAAACACAAAGAACUUUCAGAAGCCCUUCUAAAAUAUGAAACACUUAAUGCAGAAGAGAUAGCUGAAAUUUUAAACGGCAACAGGGAGUUUACAAAAACAUACAAUAAACACUAGUUUGUAGCAUUCACGAUGCAUUGAUUUACUGUAAAUUGUCAAUAAAAGUUAAUUAAGUAAAA